GCACGCCGGGAAGGUGCUGUGGGCACGCGGCGGCACCGGGACAGGGAGCAGGAGCAGGAGCAGGAGCAGGAGCGGGAUCAGGGUCGUGUCGGUGUCCGGGGGCAGCAGCCCGUUUUCCCUGCAGGUCCAAGCCCGGCGCUGACAGCGUGGCCCCCCCGCCGCCACCAUGGGCAAGAAAAGCAAACUGGGCAAGAGCCGGCGGGACAAGUUCUACCACCUGGCCAAGGAGACGGGGUUCCGCUCCCGCUCCUCCUUCAAGCUGCUCCAGCUCAAUCGGAAGUUCCAGUUCCUGCAGAAGGCCCGGGCUCUGCUGGAUCUGUGUGCGGCCCCCGGCGGGUGGCUUCAGGUGGCUUCCAAAUUCAUGCCAGUGUCCAGCCUGAUCAUUGGAGUGGAUUUGGUCCCCAUCAAGCCCAUUCCCAACGUGGUGACACUGCAGGAGGACAUCACCACCGAGAAGUGCCGCCAGGCCCUGCGCAAGGAGCUGCAGACGUGGAAGGUGGACGUGGUGCUGAACGAUGGGGCGCCCAACGUGGGGGCCAGCUGGGUGCACGACGCCUACUCCCAAGCCAACCUGACCCUCAUGGCCCUGAAACUGGCCUGUGAGUUCCUCUGCAAGGGCGGCUGGUUCAUCACCAAGGUUUUCCGUUCCCGGGACUACCAACCCCUCCUGUGGAUCUUCCAGCAGUUCUUCCAGAAGGUCCAGGCCACCAAGCCCCAGGCCUCCCGCAACGAGUCUGCUGAGAUCUUUGUGGUGUGCCAGGGUUAUCAGGCUCCAGAUAAAAUCGACAGCAAGUUUUUUGACCCAAAACAUGCUUUCAAGGAGGUGGAGGUUCAGACCAAGUCUGUCAGUGAACUGGUCAGCAAGAAGAAACCAAAGGCAGAAGGUUAUGCUGAUGGGGACACAACCCUCUACCACCGCUUCACUCUCAUGGACUUCCUCAAGGCUCCCAACCCCGUGGACUUCCUCUCCAAGGCCAAUGAGAUCACGCUGGGGGACGGGGAGCUGGAGAACCACAGCUCCACCACGGAGGAGCUGCGCCAGUGCUGCAAGGACAUCCGCGUCCUGGGGCGCAAGGAGCUCAGAGCCCUGCUGAACUGGAGGACAAAGCUGCGUCGGUUUUUGGCCAAAAAGCUGAAGGAGCAGGCAAAGGAGCUGGAUAUCAACCUGAGCUCUGGUGAGGAGGAGGAAGGCAGAGAGGAGGAGGAGAAGAAGGUGAAGAAGAUGGUGCCAGAAGCUGCAGCUGACGAGGUGGAGAAGGAGGAGGAGGAGGUGGAGCUGGCAUUGGCAGAGAUGAAGGCCAAGGAGCUGGCAGAGUUGAAGAGAAAGAAGAAGAAGAUCCUGAAGGAGCAGCGGAAGCAGCGUGAGCGUGUGGAGCUGAAGAUGGACCUGCCUGGUGUGUCCAUCGCUGACGAUGGUGACACCAGCAUGUUCUCCCUGCGGAGCAUCCACAGGACCCCGCUGCUGGAUGAGUUGUCCCGGGGGGACAUGGCCUCAGCAGACACCCUCCUGGAGAUGGGCCCUGGGGACGAUGACAUUUAUGUCUCAGAUCAUGAAGAAGAGGAUGAUGUGUCCCUGGACAGUGACCUGGACCCAGAGGAGCUGCUGGAGAUCGAGGCCCGUCAGCGCAAGCUGGAGCGGGAGAGGCGGGAGCAGGGUGGGAAGAGGGCGAAGUUUAAGCAGAAGGAAGAAGAAGAGGAAGAAGGGGAGGAAGAGGAGAAUCCCCUGCUGGUGCCCCUGGAGGAGAAGUCAGUGCUGGAGGAGCGACAGACCAGCCUGUGGUUUGGGAAGGACGCCUUUGCUGGCAUCGAGGAUGACGCAGAUGAGGACCUGGAGCUGGGGCAGGCCCAGAUGUUGGCUGAGAGACAGCGCGAGUCCCAGAGAGACAAAGCAACAAAGAAAGGGCAGAAGAAGAAGCAGGUGCUCCAGGAGGAGGCUCCAGCCGAGCCCCCACCAGCCACAGAUGCAGCACCUGGCACUGGUGAAGCACAGGAUGAGCAGAGCAGUGACGACGACAGCAGCAGUGACGAGGAGAGGCCACCAGCAGCAGUGAGGGGGAAGCGGGGCCGUGUCGAGCCGUGUGGCUUUGAGGUGGUGCCCAUUGAGAACCCAGUGAAAAGAGCCCGUGUCCUGGACGCAGAGGGCCUGGCCCUCGGCUCCGUCAUCGCCACCUCCAGAAAGGCCCGGCGGGACCUCAUCGACGACUCCUUCAACAGGUACUCCUACAACGAGGAGGAGGGGGAGCUGCCCGAGUGGUUCACGGAGGAGGAGAAGCAGCACCGGCGCAAGCAGGUGCCCGUGGACCGGCAGACGGUGGAGGCCUAUCGGCAGCGCUGGCGCGAGAUCAACGCCCGCCCCAUCAAGAAGGUGGCUGAGGCCAAGGCCCGCAAGAAGCGGCGGAUGCUGAAGAAGAUGGAGCAGAUGAAGAAGAAGGCGGAGGCCGUGGUGGACACGGUGGACAUCUCGGAGCGGGAGAAGGUGGCCCAGCUGCGGCGCAUCUACAAGAAGGCAGGGCUGGCCAAGGAGAAGCGACAGGUCACCUACCUGGUGGCUAAGAAGGGGGUAGGACCCCGUGUGCGCCGCCCCCCCGGCGUCAAGGGCCAGUUCAAGGUCGUCGACAGCCGCCUCAAGAAGGAUGUGAGGGCUCAGAAACGCAAAGAACAGAAGAAAAAGCGCCACAAGUGAUGUGGGACAGGCUCUGUCUCCGGCAAGGGACUCUGCUCAGGGCUGGCUCCUGUCCUCCACCGCUGUCCCCUGCCCUGGGGACAGGGCUGGCACUUGGUCACACACUGCUCUUAGUCUCUUAGCCCGUGCCUUGAUGUGACAGUGCCUCCUGCCCUCCCCUGGGGCAGGGAGGGUUUAUUUGGCCACAUCUCCAGUCUCACCUGCUGGCUCUGCUGAGAUUCACCCUGUGGAGGUCACGGGAGCAUCCACACCAGCCCUGGCUGUCCCCAGACAGGCUGUGGCUCUGGGGGACAUCCCUGGGCCGUAUUUGUCACCGAGGGGGCAGGACAGUGGGUGCAGGGAGUGGGUGGGGCAAGGAGCAGGGACCAGUGAGUGACAGCAGUGUGGGCAGGGCUGUUUUCUACACACACAUCCCCGUGUAUUUUCAAGCAUUUUUGGGUUAUAACCUCCCUUUUUUGGAAGGACCCCUCAUAACCCCCCUGACCCCUCACUCACCUGCUCCUUCACCAUGUCAUUGCUCUUCCCAGUGACAUUGGGGUGCUCCCAAUGACAUCAUCACCCCCCAGAUUUCCCCACCCCCCUGUUUUUACUCACCCCCAAAGGUGGCACGGAAUGAGUGAAAACUGCCCUGGUCAGCAGCUCUAAUGCAUCUGGACAUUCCUCCCCUCAAAACAGAGGGAGGUGUGCCCAAGGAUGGGGUGACUUUGUUGUCAACAUGCACGUUGGAGUAAAGACUGCUUGAGACCCAA